AACACAACGUGCAAGGAACUGGUCUAUAGACAACAGAGAACCAGUCAUGUGGGCGGAGCAAAUACAAUCAAAAGAAAGUUUACAUCUCAUUUCUCCCGCAAGCAAAUGUUAUUUACGUCUUUUUGUAAGGAUGACUUAAUUAAGGAACUUGCCUCCAAGGCAGGUAUUUGAUUUGUUCCUUAUUAUACCAACCGGAGUUCCGACCUUAUGACUAUCCAAAGAGGCUUUUGAUGCAACUGCCGUGAAGACAAUACCGCCACCUAGCGCAGUUGGUCCUAUUGAGUAUAAUAGACUCUCAAAGUGUUUACUUCGUCAACCGAGGAAAGUUGGACUGUGUAUGCCUAAAGGCUUUGCCGUCUCAUUCAUUCCGAGCCAAGAUUUUAAUGGAAUAAAUCCUUACAAAUGUGACAAAUAGGAUUUCUCUGCUUGUUUGAGAGAGAGAGAGGGUUGUUUGGGGAUAUAUAUAUAUACAAAGGAGAAACGAUAAUGGAUCUGUUGAGUUUGAGAGACCGUAGAACUCGUCUGCUGCGGAGCCGGGAGUAUAUGCUCGCUUCGAACAGACUGAACAAGCCGCCACCCUGGCAUAGUGCCGGCAGGCGAUGGGCUGUGUCGGCCUCGACGAUAGCCAUGGCGGAGAGAGAAAGGGAACUUGUCCCGAACCUCAGGGCGAGUUGCCCGCCAACCUUUUGGAGUUUGCAGAGGAGCGAGCCAGCCAAACCGGGGAUGAGGAGGGCCAAAACGGCCAAUGCCUCUAGUUAUGCAGAAAGAAUAAGAUUUAAGCCAGAAGCCUACCGAGCUGAACCGUGUAAGGAAUGUGAUUCAAUGAGAGAAUGCCUCAACAACGAGUUCCUCAAAAACUUCGACGCCAACCAACUCAAUCACGUCGAAACGUCAACUCGAAAUACCCUGCCAACUCAUAAAACAAUAUCUGAAGAGAGACGAGCCAUUCUUGGUGAACGGGGAUCGCACUCAGCCCGGUACGACGUAAAGCGACAUCGCAGCGUUCAUUUCUCGAGCGCUCCGACCACCAGUCAGGGUCCUAGACCAUCUCAAGACGACGUCGACGUCGCAACCACCGACGCCGUACAGAAAGUAGAUGGCGAAGAGACGUGACACAUCGUAUCUACGACGACGGCGAUUACAACGUAGGAUUUUAAAGACAUUGAAAGACUUGUGAACAUAGAUCAUGUUGAACAGUGGCCCGGAACAGUGGAGACCAUUGACUAUUUUGUUAACGAGAUGUCUCGCGAGCCUUCUCAAAGUUAUCUCAGGGUUUACGAUCCCACGCCCGACCCGAAGGCCACCAUGACGCUGGCACGUUGAACUCGUUUGCGAUCGCGAGACCGACGUGGUAGAUCUCAUGGACAGUUGUUUUGCUAGGGUGUUCUUAUUUUGUAGUCCAAUAGCGUCUCGCCAUUAUGAUUUCUCCCACAAGAGUAUAGUGAAGCUUUAGUAUAAUUUAAAAUUUGAUUUACGGUGUCUUUUCCUGUCUUUCAUGGCUGAAAUGCUAUUGCCUGAUGAGUCUGAUAUUUAAUAAGCAUAGUGUCGACCCCUUUUUGGUAGAGUCCAUGGUCGAUUAGCUAUGAGACGUAUGCCGUUUUGCAAUUUUGAUUUAUGUUUUCUAAGUUAAUAUUUUCCCCCUCUGAUUGAAAUGUUUCAGUUUUGGAAUACACAUUUUUAUAAUUUAAUUUGGUCAUUAAUCAACUAACUUCUCAACAUAGAUUAUAUUUUGCUGUUGGUUUUUAUGCUGUGAAGGAUUCGGAUUUUAUUUAACAGGGAGGGUAAGAGUGCCAUCUUUAAUUUCAAAUUUCUUUGAUAACACGAUAGGGGAGCUAAUUUUACAAACAUGGAGCACACCUAUACGAAAUCACAUCGAUAUCUUCGGAGCUCAAAUUUCAGUAAAGCUAUCACCAAGGGUAUGCUAAGGCAAAUAUGAAUCUUGUGCAAAUCACUGAGCUAUACAUGUAUAUGGUAAUGAGGUUGUUCUCUGGACUCUCCCAAGAACAAUCGAGGCCAAUCUCGGAUCAGUUUGUUGAAUUUGGCUUCCAUGCGUUACCAAGAAAAGUGAUACAGUGAUGACAUCUAAAGUGUUAUCAUUUAAUUGACCUCCGGGCUGUUUACUUUUGAUAUAUUUUUGCACCGACGGCAGGGGUAGGGGGCGGGGCGAUCGGGGGUGAUCAUCUGAAACAAAUUAAAAAAAGUAUACAUCUCUUUGUAAGCAGGGGACAAGGGCUAUGAAUUUGAAAUACUCUGAAAUGCAUAGUAAUUUAAGUACCCCCUCCCCCAAGUCAUGAAACUGCCACCCCUCAUCAGAGGUCUGAAAUUAUUCAAGGGUUAUCUUUACAAUUUGAUGUUCAUUUUACUAUAGUAUGCUGGUGUGUGAAGUUCUUUUUUUGCAAUAACUUUGUCAGGAAUCAUUAUUUAGAUUCGUAGACCAUUAUAGAUGUAACGGAAUACAUUUAGAAAGAAAAUUAAACUGAUAGUUUUAGAUUGAAGAAAAACUUCGGUCCAUUACACUUGCAGAUACAAACUGCUAUGUUUGUUAUU